AUGGGAAAAACAAGAGAUUGGUUUUUUGUUGUGAAGAAAGCUUUUUCCUCCGACUCCAAGAAAGAUAAGGAAACUUCAAAAUCAAAGAAAAAAUGGCAUAGCAAAAACAAGGAUUCGAGGCCUGAACAAGAAACUCCUCCAGCUGAAGAUGCCAAAAUACCGGAAGCAGGAAAUGAGCAUAAGAACCAUGCCUACUCCGUUGCUCUUGCCACCGUUAUGGCAGCCGCGGCCGCGGUAGUUGCUGCUCGGGCGGCCGCUGGCGCUGUUGACGUCGCUUCUGAACAAAGCAAAUCAUUGGAGAAAAUCGCUACUGAAAAAAGAGCUGCCAUCAAGAUUCAAACUGCAUUUCGCAGAUACUUGGCAAGGAGAGAAUUGAGAAGUUUGAGGUCGGAGAGGUUGAAAUCCUAUAUCGAAGGACAAUCCACAAAACGACAAGCGACGACUACCCUGAUAUGCAUGCAAACUCUAGCUCGCGUGCAGUCCCAGAUUCGUGCAAGGAGGCUUAGAAUGUUGGAAGAAAACCAGAUUCUUCAGCAACAGCUUCAAAAGAAACGCGAGAAAGAGGUAGAGGAGAAGAACACAUCUGUAAACUGGCAUGGUAGUAGCAAAUCCAAAGAGCAGUCUGAAGGAAUAAAACAGAAUAUGCAAGAAGCUGCUAAGAGAAGGGAAAGAGCUUUAGCUUAUGCAUUCACUCACCAGCGAUCAUGGAAGGUGUCUUCCAAAGCAACUAAUCAAACAUUAGUAGAUCAACAACGUAAUCCACACUGGGGAUGGAGUUGGUUAGAGCGAUGGAUGGCAGCUCGACCAUGGGAGAUCUCAAACUCGACACCUAACAAUGCCGUGUUCAACAGUGUGGCUGCCUUUUCAAUCUCUAAUAACGAUAAUAAUAAGCCAUCUACGACACCUUCCAAAUUAAGCAGUACUCGGCCUCCGACCCGCCGGUUGCUUUCGACUCCGCCGUCAAAGGUAGCUUCCAUUUCAUCAGUUUCCAGUACAAUUGGACAGCUAAGCCCAAGGGGAACUCGACGCGGAGGCAACGAGGACUCGAGUUCAGAUCGUCUACAGAGACGACAUAGUAGCAUUGGAGGUCUUUCAUCGCUUAGAGAGGAUGAGAGCCUUGGAAUCUCGGCGCCGGCGAGUCCGAAAUCUAAUGUGGCGACAGUGCUAACCCAGACCACGAAAACCAGGCAGUCACGGUUGUCAAGUUCAUCGGGGCUUAGCGGGCUUCCGGAGAGGGGACUAGCCCCCGCUGAGAAGAAGCGACUCUCGUUACCUCUAAAGGCAAGUACUAAUACGAAACAUUCUGGUCCUCCAAGGGCGGAUAAUAGUACACUCGUUAAGGAUAAGGUGAAGAAAGAAGGGAAACUGAGGAAUGGAGGAGAGGCUGGUAGUGGAGGUGGAAAAGAGCUGUAAUAUUGAGAGUGAAUAAGGUGGUUGCGGCAGCCGGCAGCAGUUGUGGUGGUGGUGAUGUAGCGGUAAAUCUGAAUUGAGCAGCCAUUAUUACUAUUAUUAUUGGUACAUAUGAUAUACUACAUUACUCACAAUGUGUAAUGGAUAGUUUUU